AUGUUGGCUGAAGAUGAUUGGCGAGACGAAGAUGGUGCUGAUGAUGGUGACGAUGGUGAGGAUGCGCAUGGAGGCGUUAAGUCUGCCGCUAUAAUGGCUGCGGCCUCAGGUCUGCCUCCAAAGGAUCCUCUAAAUUUGUCAAAUGAUGAGUUCUACGCUAUUCGUAGUGGUGGUCUUGGCGGCUGUCUUGCUCGUUGUGGUCCUUUACAGCACAGCACACCAGCUAUGGAAUUAUGGCCUCCAUUUUUCCCAACAUACAUGAGCCCAAAUCGCCUCCGGCAGUUUCAUAGGAUCCCCUUAAAAAAGUAA